CCACAUGAUGAAUCCACACCUGUAGGCGCGUGCCUUUGUACUCGCGCACCCUAUAGUACGCAUGCGGCCGCGCUCCUAGGGUAUUGUUUGCGUUCGUCACUGCUGUCUUCAUCGGGAUCAGACGGUUCAUCAUCAAAGGCGGCGUUCUAGUUGAAUUUCAGUAUGCCGGGUCACAAGCACAGCCCCCCACCAUACCAGCCAAGUGGUAGCAAACACCACAGCAGCAGACACAGGCACAGCGAGCUCAUGUCCAACCCAGCCUUUUCCUACUACCCAGGAGAUAAGCUGCUUCACUUUUAUCGCUGGACUUCCCCACCUGGUGUGAUGAAGAUAUUAUGCAUCAUCAUUAUCAUCAUGUGUGUGGCUGUGUUUGCCUGUGUGGCCUCCACACUGGCCUGGGACUACGAUAUGAGCAUGAUGGGCCUAGGAGGGGGAGGUGGCUUGUUGCCAGGUUACGGCAGCCCAUACGCCGGCACAUAUGGUGGCGUAAUCGGUGGCGCUUAUGGUAGCAGCCCAUAUGGAGGCGGCAUUGGCUCCGGCACUGGAGGCUCCUAUGGAUAUGGCUAUGGAGGAACACAAAUGGAUCCCAAAGCUGGCAAAGGCUUCAUCAUCGCCAUCUCUGCUAUUACCUUCAUAGCUGUGCUCAUCAUAUUUGUGAUGGUUGUUUCAAGGCAAAAUGCUGCCCGCUCAUCAAAGUUCUACUUAGCUGCCAUCAUCAUCUGUGCCAUCUUGGCAUUUCUGAUGAUCAUCGCCACUAUUGUGUACCUGGUGGCAGUGAACCCAACAGCUCAGUCCACAGGGUCUGUCUACUACAGCCAGAUCCGCCAGCUGUGUGCCCAGUACCAGACCCAGACCCAGGCCCAGGGCAUCUUCCUCAACCAGUACCUCUACCAUUACUGUGUGGUGGAGCCCCAAGAGGCCAUAGCUAUCGUCCUGGGCUUCCUGGUAUUUGUUGCCCUCAUCAUCCUGCUGGUGUUUGCAGUCAAGACUCGCUCCAAAAUCAGACACUGGGGCCGGGAUCGCAUUCUGUGGGAGGAAGUGAAGGUCGUCAAUGAUGGUCUGCAUAACAGCGUCGGGGAGUGGGUGAACAAUGUGUCUGGUGACCCAGAGGUGCUGGUGAAUGACCCUAAUCCCAAAUUUAGAGGGUCCAGAGACUAUUUGGACCAACUGGACAACAACAAGCCUCUUUACCUGCCAGGAGACUCAGACAUCAGCAGCUCUGUGGAUGUCCUAAAGCACAGGCUGAAGGACUAUGACACUGGUGUGGAGUCUGGAGAUGACCUGGAGGAGGAGGACUUCUCAGUUUUGUUUCCUCCCAUUUUGGAUGAGCAAGAGCGUCUAAUCUACAAGCGGGAAUUUGACCAAGAUCAUCGGGAGUACAAGAGCCUGCAGGCUGAGCUGGACAGCAUAAACCAGGACCUGGCUGACCUGGACAGAGAGCUGCACCAACACCCUGAAGGCAGCCCGCAGUUCUUGGAUGCCAUGGAUGAAUACAUCAAAUUGAAGAAUCUCAAGAAGUCCCCAGAGUACCAGAUUAAGAAGAAGAGGUGUAAAUAUCUCAGGUCCAAACUGUCACACAUCAAGAGGAAGAUCAGCGAAUAUGAUCGCCGGCCUUAAACCUUCACCUCUGACCCCCUCACGCAGGGAAAGAGACAAAUUUGCAAUUCCCUACCCCACUGUGUUUGAGUUUAUCACAAAUCUAGAUGGGGUUACCAUAGUGAAAGCCUGUUGCCUUUGUAUUGCAUAUGUAUCAAGCCAAUCAACUGUGAUUUAUAUAUUUAUCCAGAGAAAGGGUGAAGGAAAUUGUUAUCGUCUUUGAUCAGUUAUUCAAUGAAGAACUACUGAGGUGUACAAAAUGUUUUUUAUUUUUAAGUCAGAAAGUGAGAGAUGUGAUAUGAGAUGUUUUUCAGUACUUGUUACAUUUAUGAAGCAGUUAAAGUGCUUCUUUUAUAGCCUUUUAAUGAGUUUGACACUUAUAUGUAAAAUGAAGGCACAGCUUAGAUGAGACAUGCAUUUGCUUGGCCUCAUUGAAACACUGACCAUCCCUUGUAAAUAAUGUUAAUUUUAGACUUUUGAAACAAUUUUAAUUGUUCUUUAGUAAGAUUUUUUAGUGCUGGAGUUGGUGAAACAUAUGUGAUUGUAAGUCUUUGUUGUAGCCUAUAGACCUUUAUCAUGAUAGAUAUUAAAAGAAGCUAUGGAGGCUCAGUUCCCUUAAAAAGUGUCUAAUUAACAUUUGUGUUACAUUUGUUUUUUACUCUCAUGAAUUUUAUUUCUCAUUUCAAUGGUAUCCAAAAGCAAAUGAUUUUAUAUUCCCACUGAGUCAAUAUUUUUUAUUUUGCAUAUUUUGUAUUAGUAGAAAUCAUGCCUUUAUGUUUUGGUGUGCAAUCCAUGAUAGACUGUUUAAAGUGCAAUCAUCCGUUUGAACACAGGAAUGUAAGCUUUCAAUAAAAAACAACAAUUAACUUAAUAA